AUGUGGGACCUCUCCAUCACCAGAGUGUUCCAGGCGUACUGCGCAGGAGCUGUUCUCUUCGAGGUUCCCGUGAUUGUGAGGCUGCUAAGUGGUGAUAUGCCGCUGCCAAAGGCCGGUGCCUGGGUCGACGACAAGGACUACUACACAAACAAUAAGCCGCUGGUAUACGUGUUUGUUGCCAUGCUGGCGUGCCUCGUCGUGUCGCGCGGGAUGGCGUGCGCACUACCGAAGUCACGCAUCAUCAUUACCUACCUCGUCGUCGUCCACACAUUCGAGGCAGGGCUCUACCUCUACUGCUGCAGCCACAAGGAGGAUGCGCCAAACAGCGAAGUAUACAUUAUGGGCACGCUGAUGGUGAUGAACAUUUUUCUAUUUGCUGCUCGACUGGUGCAGCUGAAGACGCAACUCACAAGAGCCGAGAUCGCCGAUCUCAAGAGGCGGCAGGAGCAACUCGCCAUCAUUCGCAAGAAGCGCGCGGACUACGCAAAGAACAAGGAGGAAAAAAAGAACAAGUGA